AUGAUCGACCGUCGUUACCACCGCUCCUUGCAGGUGUUCUCGUGGGUAGCAUGCGGUGCUAUGACGGCCAAGAUGGUUCUUUUUACAGACUUUAGCUCGCGAAGAGGCCAUGAUGAGCAUGAACACGUAUUUUCGGAGAUCCAGAGGUACACGGACAAGCAGCUAGACAAGUUCUUUGGGGUGGAGGAUAUCAAGAAACAGGCUCGAUCCGAUCAGCAGUUGAGUGAUACUUUGCCUAGCUCUGUUUCAGACAAAAAGGAAUAG